AUGCAGGCCUCCAAAGCCCUUGUUAGAAGGGCGUUUUCGGCCGCGGCUGCCCCUUGCCGCCCAGCUGCAGCCGCGCGCCGCACGCUGUGCGUCACCGCUUCCCAGGCCAAGGCGGCGGAGGGGGACUUUGUGACCGUGCACUACACCGGGACCCUCGACGAUGGCUCUGUGUUCGACAGCAGCCGCCAGGACGGCCGCGCUCCCUUGGAGUUCCAGAUCGGCGCCGGCCGCGGCUUCGACAAGGCCGUGACAGGCCUGGCUGUGGGCGAGACCCGGAAGGUGCGGCUGACGCCUGAGGAGGGCUAUGGAGAGCGCGACCCCGAAGCCGUCAUCACGGUGCCUGCUGACCGCGCGCCCAAGGGCCUGAGUGAGGGCGACCGCGUGGGCCUGAGCAAUGGCAUGCAGGCGGUGGUGUCCAAGGUUGACCCCAGCGGCGACGUCACCAUCGACCUCAACCCAGAGCUCGCCGGCAAGCACCUGACCUUUGAUGUCGAGCUGAUGUCACUCAUCCAGGCCGCCGGCGCCCAGACGAUCGUGUUCGGUGCCGGCUGCUUCUGGGGCCCUCAGCUCCUGUUCGACCGCGUUCCAGGUGUGAUCUCGACCGAGGUGGGGUACAGCCAGGGCAAGGUGCCCAACCCCUCUUACGAGGACGUGUGCAGCGGCACCACCGGCCACACAGAGGUGGUCAAGGUGGUCUACGACCCGGACGCGGUCACUUUUGGGCAGCUUCUCGACACCUUCUGGGCAAAGCACGACCCCACCUCCAAGGACCGCCAGGGCGCCGACAGCGGCACCCAAUACCGGGCCGGCAUCUACACCACCACAGAGGAGCAGGCGCAGGAGGCGGCCAGGUACAUCGAGGCCAAGCGGGCAGCCAUGCCCGGCCUCAAGAUCUACACCGAGCUCGAGCCUCUCAAGGAGUACUCGGCGGCCGAGCCCUACCACCAGAAUUACCUGGCUAAGGGCGGGCGCUUCGGGCAGCCCCAGAGCCCGGCAAAGGGCUGCAACGACCCCAUCCGGUGCUACGGGUGA